GCUACCUUAUCGAACCAUGGGAUGAAGAUCUAUGGAGUCAAUAAAAAAAUUUUUAGUCUGUACCAGAACAAAGGUUGAACUCGUGUUUGAAAUCACAUCAUCUGCAUUCGUACGACACGACACGAACACCAAACUUGGCCUCUCUUCGCCUCAGGGAUUCCUCUCCGAGACUCCACAGAACGGACUUGCCCCCCCAGAGUCACUGCGUGUUCUUGUUGACUAUUCCGUGGAGAAUGCUUGACAAUUGAAUCUCCGCGACAUUGAGCUACGGUGUUAUCUUUGUGGGGGAACUGUAGUUAUGGCCCAGUUAGAGUCGCUGUGUUGCAAAGCAGAAGAGGUUGAUAUUGAGGCUUAUCUAUGCUGGCAUUGAUAAGGAGGCUCACUCCGAGGAGAAAGGUUGAUACGGGAACUAGUUAAGGCAGUGAAUAUUCCCGAUCGAUACAACACACAAAAAUAGCUCGAGGGAAUCUAAUACCCGGAUCUGAGUGAGGAAUCUAAUUGAGCGACUCUCGACAAUAUCAUUCCCUAUCCAGGACUUGAGGAUAUCUUUUCAAGAUACGACCAAGAUAAGGCCAAGAAAGAGCAGUGACAAUUGUAUACUGAGUUGUUAUUAGGCGGUAUUCGAGAUGGCUUCAUCCUUCACCGAGACUCAGAUUAGUCAACAACCCACAAAAGCCUUGACCGGACGGUGAAACUACGAGUUGGAGCAUAAUAUUUCGCCAGAAACCGGAUGCGAUUUAAUAUGAGAAUCACCCCGAGACCUCAUAUCAUGCUCUGUCGUGGUGUGUUGCGACGUACGAGCCCUUGGUGAGAAUAUUGCUUCUCCGCGGAGGCCAAAACGCCUCUACCGUGCGGGCGCAGUCGCUGAUUGGUCCCUCAGCCACAGCGCGCUGUCUCCUUAUCAGAGAUCAGCCCUGGCCGAGAACUGCAAAUGCGCUCACGUUCUAUGGACCAACGGCGGAAAUGCUUAGCACGAGCUGGACUAUCCCGGAGAUGUACGUUCUAGAUAGGGAGAUGGGAGAAACAUCAGAGGGGGAUCCAUAGUUUGUGGUCUUGAGGUACAGAAGACCCUCUUUUUGUAACAGGCUCUGAUAUUCACUUAUAACCAUGACGGACCAUGGUAUUCCCUUCUAUCUUUUGGGUUUCUCUCCCAAGUAUACUUGUUUUAAUAUUGACUUAUCAAAAUGGCUGCAACAGCACAAAAACGUGUGGUGGUCGUUGGCCUGGGUAUGGUGGGCAUUGCUUUCAUAGAAAAGCUGCUCAAGUAUGACGCCAAAUCAAAAGAAUAUGCAAUCACAGUCGUUGGAGAAGAACCAUAUCUCGCCUACAACCGAGUAGGACUCACAACAUUCUUCGAGCACCGAAAGGUCGAAGAACUAUACAUGAACCCAGCAGAAUGGUACACAGAAGCUGGAAGCUCAUUAAACUGCCACAUCAACACAAAAGCCACACACAUCAACACCGAGGAUAAAUUCAUCGAGUGCGCAAACGGCGAGAGCUACCCCUACGACAUCCUCGUCCUCGCCACCGGUUCAGACGCUAUUCUUCCCCGUAUGCUCAAGGGCUGGGACGCAAAUGGUGUUUUCGUCUACCGCACAAUCGAAGACUUGAACAGGCUUAUCAAGUUCUCCACCGACAAGAAGGGCACCAAUGGAGCUGUCGUUGGUGGUGGUCUUCUCGGUCUUGAGGCGGCAAAGGCCAUGCUCGAUCUUGAGACCUUUAACAGAGUCGAUGUCAUUGAAAAGGCUCAGUGGGUUCUCACAAGGCAGGUCGACGAGACUGGUGGUAAGAUGGUAGCGGAUCAGGUCUCGCAGCUUGGUGUGAACCUCAAUCUCGGGAAGGGCGUAUCGAGCAUGAAGACUGAUGAGAACAACAACCUCACUGGAGUUAUCUUUGACGAUGGCUCAGAGAUCAGCUGCUCGACACUAUGCUUCGCUGUUGGUGUCAAGCCAAGAGAUGACCUCGCUAGAAGCGCCAACCUCGAGGUUGGACAGCGCGGUGGUAUCGUUGUCAACGAUGACUUGAGAACGAGUAUGCCCGAUAUCUACGCCAUUGGAGAGUGUGCUAGCUGGCGUGGUAUGGCUUACGGUCUUAUCGCUCCUGGUGUGGCCAUGGCCGAAGUCGUCGCUUUCAACCUCACACAAGCCAAGCUUCACAGCCCCCAGACCUUCAAGACCCCCGAUAUGAGCACAAAACUCAAGCUCCUCGGAGUCAACGUCGCUAGUUUCGGUGACUGCUUCGCUGAUCGUGAUGGUCCUGUGACGCUUCCUCCCAAAUACGCCAGGACACUCGUCAAUGGUGACGCUAAAGAGCCCAAAUCUGUACAAGCUCUUACAUACAAAGACCCCUUCUCGAAUGUGUACAAGAAGUACAUCUUUACUAAAGAUGGAAAGUAUCUCCUCGGUGGUAUGAUGAUUGGCGACGUCUGUGACUACGUCAAGCUUCUACCAAUGGUCAAGGCGCAGAAGGAGCUUGAGAUUUCUCCCAGUGAACUCAUUCUCGGCGCCAAGAAGGACGGCGGUGAGGAUACUGAUGAUCUUGACGACGAUGCUCAGGUGUGCUCGUGCCACAACGUCACAAAGGGCGAUAUUGUCAAGGUUGUCAAGGAUGGCACUUGCAAGGACGUUGCCAGUAUCAAGAAGUGCACAAAAGCCGGCACCGGCUGUGGAGGUUGUGUUCCUCUCAUCACCACCAUCUUCAACAAGACAAUGGCUUCUAUGGGCCAGGAGGUCACCAACUACGUCUGCUCACACUUUAACCACUCUCGAGCUGACCUGUUCAACAUCAUCAUGGUCAAGCGCCUCAAGAACAUGGGUGAAGUGAUGCGCGAGGCUGGAAACGACAAGGAGGCUCUUGGUUGCGAGCUGUGCAAGCCUGUGGUAGCGAGCAUCAUGGCUUCGCUGUGGAACAGGCACGUUAUGGACAAGACCACCCACGGUCUCCAGGAGACCAAUGAUCGCUUCUUAGGUAACAUCCAGCGAGACGGUACCUACUCUGUCGUCCCCCGUGUAUCCGGUGGUGAGAUUACUCCUGACAAGCUUGUGGUCAUCGGCGAGGUUGCCCAGAAGUACAACCUCUACACAAAGAUCACAGGUGGUCAGCGUAUCGACUUGUUUGGUGCCCAGAAGCAGGAUCUUCUCGAUAUCUGGGGCCAGCUUGUUGCUGGUGGUAUGGAGUCUGGUCACGCUUAUGCCAAGUCUCUGCGAACCGUCAAGAGUUGCGUUGGUUCUACAUGGUGUCGAUUCGGUCUGAGUGACAGUGUCGGUAUGGCCGUUCGUCUGGAGGAGCGAUACAAGAGUAUUCGAGCCCCUCAUAAGAUCAAGGGUGGUGUGAGUGGUUGUGUGCGAGAGUGUGCUGAAGCUCAAGGCAAAGAUUUCGGUUUGAUUGCCACAGAAAAGGGCUGGAACAUCUUCGUCGGCGGUAACGGUGGUGCGAACCCUCGCCAUGCCGAGCUUCUAGCCAAGGAUGUGCCCCCAGCUGAUGUCGUGACAAUCCUCGACCGAUAUCUCAUGUUCUACAUGCGCACAGCCGACAAGCUUCAGCGAACAGCCCGCUGGAUCGAGAACCUCCCCGGUGGUAUCAAGUACCUCCAAGAGGUCAUCCUCGAGGACAAGCUCGGCAUCAAUGCCUCGCUCGAGGCGCAGAUGGAAGAACUUGUCGACAGCUUCUUCGACGAGUGGGCUGAAGCUAUCAAGAGCCCUGCCAUCGCUGCCAAGUUCAAGCAGUUCGCCAACACAAACGACACAACACGCAACAUGGAGCUUGAAGAUGACCGUGGUCAGAAGCGACCAGCUUUCUGGCCCGCGGACGCUGCAGCUACAGACAACUUCUCGGGUCUCAAGGACAAGUGGUCCAUGACUUCUUGGGAACCCAUCAUCGAAUCUUCAUACUUUGACGGUGCUGACGAGUUGCCAAACGGUAUCUCCGCCACUAUCAAGCGUGGUGACACGCAGCUCGCCAUCUGGCGCAUCAAGGGCGUCUACUACGCUACUCAACAGAUGUGUCCUCACAAGCGUGCAUUCAUCCUCUCCGACGGUCUUAUCGGCCAAGAGCCCAACAAGGCUGUGACGAGUGGUGAUAAGGAUGGUGCUUCACCCUGGGUCUCAUGUCCUCACCACAAGCGCAACUUUGACCUCGGCAACGGUGCUUGCAAGACAGACGAGUCUCUCUCCAUCGCCACAUUCCCUACCGAGGCUCGAGCCGAUGGUAUGUUGUACCUCAAGCUUCCCCCUGUGGAGGAGCUUGAUGCUGCCUUGGGCACAAAGAAGUGGAUGGUCAAGAAGGGCGAGGCUGGUGAGGCGCCUCUCGCUAAGCUUGACAGCAAGAUCAAGUUUGUUGGAUUGAGAGGAAAGAAGCCAUAUGUCAAGCCCACUGGUGGUGCUAAGAUGACUACUAAGCCACUUGACCUCAUGAUGGCAGCGAAUGGUUGUGGCGGCGGUGCACCGGAAUGGUAGAGAAAAAGAAACAUAGAGCAUAAACAAGCUUAAGAUAUCAUGGUUCGGCGUUGGGGAUAUACCGGAACGGUUUGGUUUGGGUCAUUAUGAGUUAUGCUAUGUAGAGCAUAUAUAAAUACCUCUUUUUAUGUUACGUCAAGUUCAACAAGCGCAUGGUCUCCUUAUUAUCCCAUCAGUUUGAUGGCGAAAGAACCGGAUGAUAAACUCAUCAAAGAGCCUCCUAAGUUUAGGCAAAAUCUACCUACACUUUUCCAUUAUGUCGGAUUGGCGGCAAACGUUGCAUAUGGAUUAGUAUGAAUAUGCCACUCUAUAUAUAAUAUCCAUUUUACAAUCAUUGCCCACAUGCGCCGGUCUUCUGCAGGCCACCCCUUCAACACAAUAUUAAGGCCCAAGCUAAGGAGGUUAGAGAAUAAGCCCUGAAGAGCUGGUCGCGAUCAUAGCCCUCUCCUCAAAGAUCCUGGUGAGGUCUCUCAUUAUGGGUGUUAGUCACAGCAAUGACACCUCCGUCCUUCUCAAUAUCCGCAGGAAGGUUCCCGAGAGCCCGAUCACCAAACAUGAGAUCAAUUUCCUCAAGGGAUAUGCCCUUUGUUUCUCGAAAGGCAAAGAUAAGGGUGGGUAGUGUGAUGACAAGAUUGAAAGCUGUUGGUCUAAUUUAAUUGACUAAAGAAAAGCCCCGUAGUGUUUACUUACCAACGAAGAGGAAGUAAAACUUCCAGCCAAGCUCGUCGAGGGCAAAGGGACUGACUUGAUUCCAGAAAGUGCUCACAAGCCAGUUACCGAUACCCGUGGCGAAUGUGCAACCCUUUCCUCGGAUUUGACAUGGCAUAACCUCAGACAUGUACGUCCAGGAAACAGGGCCAAACGACAACGAGAAUAUGAUUGUGACACAGAAUAAGAAGGCAACCCCGGCAAUACUGAGGCCACGGUGUGUGCCAUCGACGUUCUGAGAGUUGACCGCACUCUCUAGGAUCAGAGCAAUGGUGAUGGCAAUAAUACCAUAGAUCAGAGGCCUCUUUCGGCCGAUCCUAUCAGAGAUGAAGGUGAUGAAAAACAGAUCUCAAAACUGUUAGUCUACGAACAGAAAAGCUAUUGAAGGAAAUAAGAUGUCCAACUUACUCGCAAGAGGGCCGGUGCAGUUGUGCAUGCCUGCAACCAGAAGAUUUGUCUUUCCAGUAAUUCCAAGCUUCUCGUACAUGAUGGUUUGGUAGUAACUAUGUACAUAUGUUAGUGAGUGUAUUAAACACUUGUAAAGUGAUUUCGGGUUUCGAGGAAUAGAUUAAAAGCUUACCCC